CUCGCAUCACAGCCGACAGAUUCGUGGCGUCUUGCUAACUAUCUUCCUCCCAGCUUCCUAUCCAACCCGCUUAUUAGGAUAUUAAUACAUGAGUAGCAUUACUCCGUAUCGCUGGGACUUCCACAAUGGCCGGGACUACGCGGUCGCAAACCGCCAGAGAUCCCAAAACGCGGGCUCCCCCUGCACGAGUACCACUCCGCGCACCGACAAAAAAGCGGUUAUCGACAAUCCAAGACAGAGCUGGGACGCCAGCGAGACCUAUCCGACCUUCAGUACCUAACUCAGUACGUACAAACACGUCGCCCGGAACACAACCCAGUGCUGGAUUAAAGCGGAAAGAUCGGGAAUUCGAACAUGAAGUGCCUGGGGACACAAAUAUCCAUGUGGUCGUUCGUUGUCGAGGGAGAAAUAAUAGGGAAGUUAAAGAAAACAGUGGCGUUAUCGUCUCUACAGAGGGAAUCAAGGGUUCCACCCUCGAGCUCUCGAUGGGCCCCAAUGCAAUGGCAAACAAGACCUACAACUUCGAUAAGGUUUUCUCUCCUGCGGCAGACCAAGCCAUCUUGUUUGAGGAAGUAGUUGUGCCGAUUCUCAACGAGAUGCUCGCAGGGUAUAACUGUACUAUUUUUGCAUACGGACAAACCGGAACGGGAAAGACGUAUACGAUGUCUGGUGAUAUGACCGAUACGCUUGGACUGUUGUCCGAUGCUGCUGGUAUAAUUCCUCGUGUUCUCUAUGCGCUGUUCAAGAGACUCGAAGAGACAGAAAAUUCGGUAAAAUGUUCCUUUAUUGAACUAUAUAACGAGGAUCUUCGAGACUUGCUUUCACCGGAGGAUAAUUCAAAACUAAAGAUAUACGAAGAUGGAGCUAAGAAAGGACACAAUGGCACCAUGGUACAGGGAAUGGGAGAAUCCUAUAUUCACUCAGCGUCAGACGGUAUCAGACUACUCCAAGAAGGCAGCCAUCGUCGCCAGGUAGCGGCCACAAAAUGUAACGAUCUCAGCUCUCGAAGUCAUACCGUGUUUACUAUUACGGCUUAUAUCAAAAGAUCCACCGACAAAGGCGAAGAAUUUGUUAGCAGCGGAAAGCUGAACCUCGUGGAUUUGGCUGGAAGUGAAAAUAUUCAACGAAGCGGCGCAGAAAACAAACGAGCAGCCGAAGCCGGGUUGAUAAACAAGAGCUUACUUACUUUGGGUAGAGUAAUCAAUGCCCUGGUGGAUAAAAGUCCACACAUCCCAUACAGGGAAUCGAAACUUACCCGACUGCUCCAAGAUUCGUUAGGUGGCAGAACGAAAACGUGUAUCAUUGCCACAAUAUCAACCUCUCGCAGCAACCUUGAAGAGACAAUAUCCACAUUAGAUUAUGCGUUUAGGGCAAAGAAUAUUCGAAAUAAGCCCCAAAUAAACUCUACCAUGUCCAAGAAGACAUUAUUCCGCGAAUUCACUUCUGAGAUAGAGAAGCUAAAGAGUGAACUGAUUGCCACCAGGCUACGGAACGGUGUUUAUCUUUCAGCAAGCUCAUACGAAGAAAUGACAGUGGAAAGUGAAUCGCGUCGUAUUUUAACAGAAGAGCAAAGGGCAAAAAUUGAGAGCAUGGAGGCGAAUCUGAAAAAUAAAGUCCAAGAACUGUUUACACUCACGAGUAACUUCAAUACAUUGAAAAGAAACAAUGAAGCUACUCAAACAAUGCUGGAUGAAACGCAAGAUAUUCUGCAGAAAACUGAGAUUGUACUUCGAAAUACCGAGCAGAGUCUGGAGGAGGAAGCCAUGUUACGGGAGGCCCACGAGACCACCGAGCUCGAACUUCACGAAAUCGGAACUGACCUUAUAUCGCAGCUGGAACAGUCGGCUUCAGACGUUGAUGGUCUUCAUUCUAAGUUACGGCGACGCUCCCAGCUUCAUCAUCUUAAUAAAGACACGUGGGAAUCUUCAACCAGCCAGAUGUUGGAUAUCGCAAAAGUUGUUGAUGAUCGAAUGGCUGCCUUCCAGUCAGAACACCAUUCCCGCCUUGAAGCACUCUCGUCACGGGUGGAGAGCUAUGUUUCUGAGGAGGUAAAAAUGAUUGCCCUGGAUCGCUCCCUCAUAGACAAAUCGGAUACAUCCCUGCAAGCCAUCGAAGACGAUGCGAAAAUGAGGAUGUUGUCGAAUCGAGAUGAGAUGAAUGACACCCUUGAAGAGAUAAAGGAAUUGAGGGAAGAUGUUCAGGAGAAGGUCGGGGAGGGUCUAAAUGGCCUGUCUUCUGCUGCAGCGCGUAUUUCGGGCGAAGUAAUUCACGAACUUCAGCUGUUUGAGGGAGAGUUUCGUGAAAUGUAUCAGAAUUUAAAUGACGACUUUACCGCCGUGUUUGGAUCACUUGUGCAUCAUCUUCAAGCCCAGAAAGAAUACGUGAGUGAUAUUCGCCGGGAGUUACAGGAAGCAAAUCAAAGGGCAUUGCAAGCAAGCGAAGAAGCCGCAUCUACGCUUGAGAUGAUGCUUGAUGAAGAGAAACAAAACUCCGAAAGAGAGCGGGCCGAGCUCAUGUCGCAGAUUCAGGCUCUUUUGAACUCAUCCGCGGAGAGACAGGCCUCCAGGUUGAGAAAGAACGUCAGUGGUGUUAGAACCAACAUGAAAGAUUCGCGAUCGGCACUGCAGCAAGCCAAUGUCGCAUAUGGAAGAGAGAUGGACAGCUGGGGUGAGAAGGAUAGUCGGCUAAUGGACGAAGUACUGACCUCGGAGAAGGACUUGAAAUCGAAGCUGGCCAAUACCAUAGAUGCAUUCGCAACGAGACACUCCGCUAUCGAGGACUGCACUACCGCCGUGCAUGCAGAAACUGUGCGAAUCGUCGACGAGCAGAAAGAGGAUAUGCGAGCACAAAUGCAAGCGCUUGAUGAGUUUGUGGCGCGUGCACGAUCCCAGAAUGAUGACCAUCAUAACUCAAAUCUUGAGACAUUAAAUAACUUUGCGUUGAAUGUUCGGGGGGCACAUGGUGAAGUGCGCACACAUCUGGAGCAACUAGAAUCGAGGGCGGAUGAGUUCCUUCGCGCAGUCGACGAUGAACAUCAGGACAUGGAGAGAGUUGUUUCGAACCUCAAGCCGCAAGUAAGGCAACCCCUUGCUGAACUUCAGAGUAACAUCGAGAAUACGCAAAUGGCGGAGUACAGACCUACCGGAGAUACCCCGGAGAAAGCUCAGUACAACUUUGCUGUUAAGCUACCGAGAACCGAGGCGCAUGAUAGGCUUAUUCGGAGACUACGGGGAGUGAAGAGUCCCGUGAAGAGUCCCAUGAAGAGUCCCAUGAAACGGACACCGUUGCCUCUUGCACCGCUGACAUCUCCUUUGGGAUCUCGGCCGUCAUCUCCGAGCAAAGGGUUAGUUUAUCAAGAUGAAGAUGGGUUGGUGGAAUCCCCAAACAAGCCAUCUUCUACGUUCUCCGGAUUGAAGGAGAUUGAUGUUAAUAUUUCUCGUCCGCCGAUUAGCAGUGUGACGUCUGAAAGUGCCCUCGUAGCGGAAUCGGAUGUCGACGGCUCUUGCAAAGAGAUACAGCCUCCUCCAUCGAAGAGACGACUUUCGGCGACCCUUGCGGCGAAGGCGAAUUUGAUGGGAGAUAGGAGGAUGAUUCCGAGAAAGGUGACGAGGAGAAAUGCCACGACGAUCGGGCCUGGCGCGGCACUGGAGGGGAGAGAGAAUCUUUUGCCAUCGGCUUUGGGAAGUGGAUUAUCGCCUGUGAGGAGGGUACGUAGUGGGCCUCAGGGAUAGAAUACAGCAGUCCAGGGUGUGGUUUGUGUUGAUUUUCCUGGAAAGGCUAUGGACAUUGUGGGUAAAAGAACGAGGAGCUGGUAUCUUGUGGUUGGCGUUCAUGGCACGAUCGUGUCCGUUCCUUUUGAAUUAAUAAUUUGGUUGGCUCCGGGGAUACCCUACUGUUGUUUUCUUCUAGUAUUAAUGUGUAGUUUUAUUAUCGGCGUAUUUAGAUAUAAGGGUUAAUGCUAUGAUUAGAGAAAUCGUCCAG